CAAAGUUCUGACCCCGACAUCCCGGCGGAGGGUUUUUUUCCCCCUUCCUCUCCGUGCUGCUGACGUUCAGUGAGACAAGUCCCCCGGGAGCUUCACUGCUCAGCUGGCAGAAACUUUGAAUCAGAGUCGCUGACCUCGGGCGCCAGCCAUUCCCAUGUAGCGACCGAAAGGCAAACUUUGCGACGGGGCACUACAUUCUCCUGAACAUGGCCGCGUAGUGUUAUCUGUUUACAGGAUGCAACGCGCCCUACUGUAAAAGGCUAAAGUGUCGCGGCUGAGACAGGGGAGUCACCGAAGGGGAAACUUUUUGCAGAAAAUUAAGUCAUUUGCACCACGCAGAAAUAAAUUGGCAGCUCUCAGCUGGGCUCUUGUCACCUUUUUGUUGCAUUGACGAGCGGGGCAAAGGGAUUGCAUGCGAGUGCAAAAGAUGCUGCCUGACCCGCUGAGUGUUUCCUGCAUUUUCUGAGGUCGUUUGAUAUUUUACAGUUCUUUGUUAUGCCUUCAACCAAACCUACAUCAAAGCCAAGUGAUCUCUGACACUGUGGUUUCUGCCAGUAACUAUCAAGCCUGGGUGCUUGAAUUUUCACAGCAAGUCCUCUUGUGUAAAGCAUCUCUGCUCAAGAGGUAACAGAUACUUCUGAAUGAAAGGUGUGAUUUUACGGUCAAACCACAGUGGUGUCCUUGAUAGUGCAUUCAGUCUCAUGGGCAAUGUUAGCUCUUCAAUGUGAACUAAAUGCCAAGCAACAUCCUCGCGUUACUAGAGGGCAUCCAUCUAUUUUUCAUAAUUUUUGCUGGCAGAGUGAGCAUGAAAGGCACUCCAGUUAGUAUGUUGAAGUUUUGCUUUCAAUGGAUGACUUUGCGAUGUGCCACAGACAAUUUAAUCAAGAUGUGAUGCAUCAAUCCAGGUUCUACUUGACUUGAUGACGAGACUCAGAAUUGCAGACGUGAAAUGAGAGGAAUAUUGUAUUAACAGUUUGAAAUCCAUGUAUCUUUUUUAAAUAUAUAUAUAUAUAUAUUUCUCAGGGAACUUGAGGAUUCCAAGCCUUUAUUUUUUUUGUCUUGUUUUCAUUAUCUUGCAAGAAAUUUGGCAAUCCAUUUGUGGUUUAACCAUUGAAUUGCCUUAAGAACAAAUGAUGGGAGACCAACCCCCCUUUAAGUCGAAUCACACAGUGAACAGUACAGAAAAUAGGUACUAUUCGCAACAGCCACAAUCCAGCCCGCUGAGUGGAAAUAUGAAUCAUAGCUAUGGAUCUACAGGCAUGGACACAUCUCAGUCUUCUCCAGCUUCACCUCAUUUUCCUUCAGAUUCAAGGGAAGCUGCAGUCGCAGGGACCAUGCCAGCAGUUACCAAGAGCCUUAUGAUAGAACCACGAAGGCCAAGUAAUUGGCCUCAUUCCAGUGCUGGCAAUCACAUUCAAAUGCAGAAUGACCUUAGUAAUCCUUCCAUGAUGUGGACCUCUUCUGCUCAGGCCGAUGCUCCUGAUGGAUACUCCUACUCAUUUUCUUCUCCGGCAAAUGACACGUCAUCGCAGAAAUUGACUAGUGACGUAUUGCACAAGUUGGACUCCUUCACCCAGGUUUUUACAAAUCGUAACCUCAGGAUGCAACAGGCUAACAGCGUUGCCUCAAGCCUGCCGAGCCAGGCUGCGACAACCGAGAGUGUUCGGGACAGCGCUCUCCGGCAACUUUUGUCACAGAAAACUCCAGCUGAGCAACAGGCUGCUAUCCAUUCAAUGCAGAGAUUUCAGCAUGCUCCAACGCAGCAAAUGCAUCACGGCUUUCCGAUUGCACAGUCGAAGCAACAUUUGCAAGCAAUCCAUCAGCAGCAGCAGCAACAGAUGUACUUUGAGUUCCAGCAAUUGGCCCAAAUGCAGUCGCAACCACAGCCAAUGCUACAGCACACACAGUCGCAUGUCCAGCAGCUGCAGGCUCAGCAGGUGCUGCCUCAACCAAUUCAGCAGCUGCCGCAGCAACAAUAUUUCGUUCAUCAGCAGCAGUCCCAGCAGCAUGUGUCAGUGCCGGACAUGCAGCAGCAGCAGCAGCGUCACAUGCACUCGAUGCAGUUCUAUCAGCCGCAGCAGAUCUUGUGCCAGUUACAGCAACCGGUGCAGCAGCAGAUGCAACCUCCGCCACCUUAUCAUAGAGACCAAAACCACAAGUCCAUUCAGCAGCCACAGUACUCCCAAGAACAAUCCCACCCUUCUCAACACAUUCAGAUGGCUGCACCCUCUCAAUAUUUCUAUCAAGAUCAGCCACACUAUCGGCACAUGUACCAGCAAAAUCAGUUGCAUCAGCAACCAGAAGAAACUAUGCAACAGAAACAACUCCACGUUGAUAGUCGGAUUCAGACGUCUCUUGGCCUCCAUACAAGCACCUCUUCCUCAGUGGUCACAGACGAGGCGACACGGAAAGAACUAAGUAAGAUGAGCCAUCCUGGGGCUCCUAUGGUACCCCAAAGACAUCUUAUAGCACCACCUAAUAUUCCUCACGCACCUGUCAAGGUAUCUCAACAGCAAUCUCAUAAUCAUACGUGGUCUCAGAUUUCUCUGACCGACAUGAAGCAAGGAGACUUGACCAUUGAACACAGUGGCCAAAGCAGAGUUCCUUUCCAAGAAAGGAUAGAUGUUAAAAGCAGGCUGAUAUGUACGAUAUGCCACAAGGAAUUCAAGAGCCUACCUGCCUUGAAUGGCCAUAUGAGGUCUCAUGGUGGUCAAAGGACAUCUCCUAAACAGGAUGAAGGAGAGAAGCAGCCUAAAGAGGUGGAUCACCUCAUGCCCAUCAUCAUGCCUGUCUCUGUGCCUGUAAAGCCUCUGCCUGCUGAAGCCAGCAAGCAGGCCACCAUUGCCAAGGACAAGCCUACCAACUCUGUUUCAGAUGACGAGAUGCCAGUCCUCAUGAAGAUGACUGAUUCUCCACCACACGUUCCCACAGUGGCCCAAUCCUGCUCAUCCUCUGAGGUUGUUCGAAAAUGUCAACCCAUCGAUCCACAUUCAGAAGAUAACUUGAAAUCCCGGCAAGACAAGAAGAAAUAUCGACACAGGCCAGAGCCUCUCUACAUCCCUCCACCUUUAGUCAACCUCUCUGCUUCGUAUCCAGGCGCGACGCUAUACCAAAGUCAGCUUCGCUCACCAAGAGUCAUGGGAGAUCACCUGCUGGACAGGACCCAAGAGCUCCCUCCCUACACACCACCCCCAAUGUUAAGUCCAGUGAGACAGGGCUCUGGCCUUUUCAGCAGUGUCAUUUCUUCUUCACACGGUGGCACUUAUCCAACACUGCCAAUCACCCCUUUAACUCCACGUAUCCUGCUUGGUCGAACUAAUAGCAUUGAUGCAACAACAAUAACCCCUGGACCUGGGGAACAGACUGUUGACAUUGAACCGCGAAUCAACAUGGGGUUACGGUUUCAAGCAGCGAUCCCAACUUUGCAGGACAGGUCACUGGCUGAAAAAGAUGUCUGUAAAGCAGACUUGGUGUGGAAGCCUUGGUGUGAGUUGGAAAACCCAGAAGUACAACAAAAAGUGGAAGAUAUGCUGAACAUGGCUUGCUCUAGUGUGCUACCAGGUGGUGGGACAAAUACAGAACUUGCCCUGCAUUGUCUUUUUGAGGCAGGCGGGAACAUUUUGAUGGCUGUGGAGAUUUUGCUGAUGAAGAUGCCUAUUAAAGCCAAAUCCCAUCCAUUAGCAGAUUAUCACUAUGCUGGCUCUGACAAAUGGACAACAAUGGAAAGGAAGCUGUUCAACAAAGCCCUGAGUGUACAUAACAAGGACUUCUUCCUGGUUCAGAAAAUGGUAAAGUCAAAGACAGUGGCACAAUGUGUGGAAUACUACUACACUUGGAAAAAGGUCUUGCGAUUAGGUCGAAAGCACCGAACACGCCUUGCAGAAAUGGAAGCAGAGGGAAUGUUUAGUGAUGAAGAUGAAGAAUUGGAGGAUGAGGAUGAUGAUGACAGAAAAUCAGAUAGAGAUGAGGAGAAAACAGAAGCACCAAAGUCCCCCAUGCAACUGCCAGUAGUUCCUGUGGAGCCGCCAGUGGUUCAAGGACCUACAUUUAUGUGUGAAAUGCCGAAUUGUGGUGCAAUAUUCAGCUCCCGACAGGCUUUAAAUGGUCACGCACGGAUUCAUGGUGGUUCAAACCAGGUCCCAAAGCAGGCGUCUGUGGCUAAACUUAAAACAGGAGGAUCUCAGCCUGGCUACACAUCUGUCAAGAACUCUCCAGCGCACAGCACAACUAGUGGUGAAACAGAUGCUACUACAAUUUUCCCUUGCAAGGAAUGUGGAAAGAUGUUCUACAAGAUUAAAAGUAGAAAUGCUCACAUGAAAACUCAUAGACAGCAGGAGGAACAGCAGCGUCAGAAGACACAGAAAGCUCUUGCAGCUGCUGAAGUAGCAACAAUAGCCAGGCCUGCUUCACCAAUAGCACCCAUGUUACUUCAUCCAGAUCACAUGAGCAUGGUAAAGCGACACUUGGAAGUAGACGAUCAUGACAUCAUUCAGGAAUUAGAAGAUGUAAUGGAUGAAUCAAAUGUCAUGGAUACAGACCUACUUUUAGAUGGAGAAGAUGGAGAAUUUCUCCAAGAUGAUGAAUUGUAAAUGUAUUUAAAACAAUUUUCAAAAUAACACAGUAAUUUUCAAAUACAAUAAAUUGGACAAAACUACGAUUUGUGUUUUUAAGUCAUCAGGAAGUACUAAGACUAGUUCAAAUGCAGAAUGCAGAAGACUCCCAGGAGAGCUGCACAUAGAUGGAGAUGCUUGACUUGCUUUUUGUCAUUAAUACAUUUACGUAGGCUAAACAAAGCCUUACAGACUAUUAUUUUCCCUUCUAGCUGCUUGUUAAGAGUUACUUCGAAGCAUUGAAGCCAAACGGGUUUUUUGCUAAAAAGGUUUUUUGUCGAGUGAAAGUUUCAGAAAUUAAAUUGUCUACUUUUCUAUAAAAUGAAACAAAAAAAGCUGUAAAUAAGGUUCAAAAUUAUAUAUAUUUUAAAUUGUCAAAUCUGAUUUGUUUACGCAUUUAUUUAACUGCUGUUCCUUGGUGUUAUCUAGCAGGUAUGGUGUAAAUACUUUAUAUCCCAAAAUUCUAUUGCAAAAGCGAAAUAUUUUUGAAAGUAAAAGUGUCAAAAUGACUAAGAGAAUGCAGAUCUUUCACUGGGGCUGUUUUCUGUUAUUACAAUGUUGUACAAAUUUAUUAAAGCUUUAUUUUAUUAAUUUGGGGGUACAGAUUGUGGUCAGAUUGCAUGCCUUUUACUCCAUAAUGUAAUUUAUUUUUUUUAUAUUUGCACUGUAAAUGUUUUUUUCAAGUAUGUGUGGAGACUCUUCCAUACAUUUGUAGUCACUUUUCAGCUAUAACUGAAUGAGAUGUAUUUGUCACGUUAUGAAUGAAGCACUAUGUAUAGAUCAGUGAAUGACUUCACUUUGUAACAUGCUUUAGUUGUAUAGCCAAAAAAAAACUUUUGGAAGAUUUUUGUGCCAUGUUCUUGGGAAGGCUGCAUAAUUUUUUUUAAAAAUGAUGGCAUCUUUGAAAUAGGCAGUAUUUUCUUGUGAAUUUAGUAUUCACUUUCGCAAGUUGUGUUUGAAUAAUGUACCCAAGGUUCUUUUUUUUAGAGAAAUGUGAUGGGAUUAACUGAUUUUUGUUUUCCUAUUAAACUAAUCAAAGAAAGUGAUUUAUUUUUAUUUUUUGCCUUCCAAAGUACCUGAAAUAAAAGUUAUUUUCAAAGAGAAUUCCAUUAAGGAAGAUGUUUUAACCUAUAGACUAAAUUCCUCUAACCAAUCUGACUUGGCCAUAUCAUGACACUCAGUGUAUACAUUACAUUUAGAUUCCCACGAUCUAAUUCAUCCUAUGCUAUGCAAUAACCAACUGACCUUGAGGUCUUUGUUGUUGAUACCAGCUAGUUGUAUGUGCUCUCAGAAUUUGCAAAUAUUUCCCAAAAUGUGCCUAUUUAGAAUUAUAAUAGCCUAAUUUUCCUUGUUAAUUUAGUAUGGAAAUGAGUGGCACAGUCUGCUCUGUGGCAGAUCUUGAGUUAAUUCGUUGCCUUGGGUUGGGUUGGAUUGGUUCUCAAAUGAGAUUGUGUUUUUUGACCGAAGGAUGCAAAAAACUAGCUGCAAUUUCUGUUUAGACUUAAUGUUUCCUUCUGGAACAUAUGCUUGUGAAGGCACAAUGAACACAGGGUUAGCUUCUUGUGCAUCACCCCCGUACACUUGAAUCAUUUGCCAAAUAGAUCUGUAUGUGAAGAAUAGUUAUAAUUGGGUAAGGUACUUGUAGCA